GGCCACCCCACAAAACAGCGCCAAAAGUCCUUCAUCACGAAUCGAUGGCGCAACGAGCUGGUUGCUGCUGCUGCCGAGUUCGCUGGCACAUUCAUGUUCCUGUUCUUUGCGUUUGGAGGAACGUCCGUUGCAAACACCGCUGCUAAGUACAGCGAUGCGGCAACAGCGGGUCAGGAGAGUGGCAGCAUAACACAGGCGCCGAAUACGAGUGUACUGCUAUAUAUCAGUCUGGCGUUUGGGUUUAGCUUGAUGGUCAAUGUUUGGGUGUUCUUUCGGGUCAGUGGUGGGUUGUUCAAUCCAGCUGUCACGCUCGGCCUCUACCUCAUCGGCGCUAUUACAGCAACCCGUGCAGCCCUCUGCUUCGUCGCUCAAAUGUUCGCUGGCAUGUGCGCUGCUGCCGUGAUCCAGGCCAUCCUACCGGGCCCCCUCAACGUUUCGACAACCCUCGGUUUCGGCGUGUCUGCCGCGCGCGGCGUCUUCCUCGAAAUGUUCCUCACAUCACUCCUCGUCUUUACCAUCUUCAUGCUCGCGGCCGAGAAGCACAAAGCGACCUACCUCGCUCCCAUCGGUAUCGGCAUGUCUCUCUUCGUAGCAGAACUCGUCGGCGUAUUCUUCACGGGUGGAAGUUUGAAUCCUGCACGGAGUUUUGGUCCGUGUGUGGUUACGCGGAACUUUCCUCACUACCAUUAUAUCUACUGGUUUGGGCCACUGAUGGGCACACUACUUGCGUAUGGAAUGUAUAAGAUUGUGAAGUUGGUCGAGUACCAGACGGUCAAUCCGGGGCAGGACUUUGACGAUCACGAGGCUGCGCUGUUCAAGCCUCCCGAGGACCCUGAGACCGCUGAGCAGGUCGAGCGUCCUAACGUCGCU